AUGCAACUUCAAAACGAAGCAGAUCACUCUGAAGAUACCACUCCGAUGCUUCAAAUGAUCGGUGCGGGUUUCUGUGGCACUGUAUGGGCUGCACCGGAUGGAGGAUCCGCCUACAAGAGAGAAGACGGCGGUCCUUUCAGAUCACUCCAAAAUGAUUAUGACAUGCAUCGACGGGUAAUUCAGAGUAUCCAGGAAUUUAGCAGACUGAACGCAUUCUCUCACACGACGGAUCCCCAAAUCCAGGUUCCGCACUGCGAACGUUUCAUUACAUCAAAGGAUGAGGAUUGGUGGGUGUUUAAUCUACAAGAAUUCCCCUCGGAAUAUACCUCAUGCAAUAUUUUGCAGUCUCAGCGUAUUCCAACAGUCCCGGAACAAACAAGGCGACUGCUUGUUCAAACGUACUGCCCUUCUCAAGUGGCUGAGGACAUCUUGAGCAGUGAGACAAACCAGGAUUGCCUUAUUAGGCCAUAUUUAGGCCGACGGCGUGUGUGGAGAGAGUCUUGCACCCCAGCUCCAUUGCGAGGGUUCUCGUUGUGGAAUUUCCCCCUUCAUGUCGACCAGAUGGAUGAUCUGCAUAUCUCGCUCGAAGAUAGACAACAAUAUUCACGGAUCAUGGCCAGAACCCUCGCGAUCAUGCAUUGGGUCGGAAAGAUCGAUGGGAAUGAUAUCGAGUUUGUUCUCGCUCCUCCCAACUGCAACCACAGACGGAAAGUCGAUAUUAUUUCAAAUAUCCUGGGUGAGCAUAGUGUAUGGCUAUUGGAUUUUGAUUGCUGCCGAGAUAUGUCUGUUGAUGAAGCGGGCGUUAAACGAGCUGUGACUGCAUUUUGGCGGAAUGACCCAUACUAUCCAAGACCAAUUAUGAAUCCCAUUCCUUGGGCCGCCUUUAAAGUCGAAUACCUCGAGACAAGUGAGGUAGCUAUGGGACUUUAUGACCGGGCUGAGGUCUCGAAAUUGCGAGGUUUAUCGAAGCUUUUCAUCGAUAUGGUGGAGGAUCAAGCUCAAGCGCGAUACGGAAAUGCUUACUAG